AUGGAAGAAGUUAUCAACGAACAAUCAUCGGUUGAUUUUUCUGGGAACUCUGGAUCGAGAUCUAAACUUCUGAGAUAUCCGCUGUGUUCGUCGAAUAAGUUGAAGGAACUGAAGCCAGAUGCAUCUAAUAGUACCAACCAUUCUGAAUCUAAGAGAGGAAGAAAUACUCCCAUUGUAAGCAAAAGCGUGGGAGUUCUUGAUUUCUCUGCUAAGGGCAAAUCCUCAAGUGCUAAACUGCCAAGAAGGCUUUCUAAUCCUGUCAAAGCGUCUCCCACUCCAAGUCCAAACACCUGUUUCUGA